CGCACACGCCGACUUUUAGCGCGAGCGCGCGCGCGCGCACGCCUUACAGAUGUCGGUGCAGCGGGACAGCGAGCGAACUUUGUGAAAAGUUCGCCGCCGCAACGACGUAGACGCCGGAUUACGGGAAAGGGCGACUUUCUUUCUUUCCUUCUUCCUUGCUUUCUUUCUUUCUUUGUCUCUCUCGUUCCUUCCUUGUCCUCGCCCCCGGUCGUUUGCGCGCACCGGGCCCGGUUUUGGUCACCACACGGAUGGCCCAGCGUCGCCGUGCGGCGCUCAGCACAGGCCGGGAGAGCGCGCGCAGCUUGCGGACUCGGGCGCCGGGACCAGCCGCCUCCGCCGGGUCCUCGCCGGGGAGCGACUUUGCCGACCUCGCACGGUGAAAAGCAAAAGGCAAAAGGCAAAAGGAGCGUCUGAGGCUCCGCUAUGGGUCGCGUGCACUUCCUGGUGUGCUUUUCCCUGCUGGAGCUUUCUUUUGCGGCAGGGACGUCAUACGGUGCGGCGCGAGGUGCGGAUACACCGGAGUCUCCUUCCGCCGCGGGGACGCACGAAAAACUUCUCUCCGGCAAGUUAAGCGACUACGGCCUCACGGUUCCGUUCAGCAGCGACUCCCACGGCCGCUUCGUGUCUCACGUGCUGUCGAUGGACGACGAAGGAAGUAGCAGCAGCAGGAGAAGGAAGAUGAGGAGCAGGAGGGCGGCCCGCCGCGCCCCCGACACGUCCUCGGCGGGCUCCGGCUCGGGGUCCGACUUCUUAUUCUUCAACGUGACCGUCUUCGGCAAAGAGCUGCACCUGAGGCUGAGGGCCAACCGGAGGCUGGUGGCCCCCGGGGCCUCGCUGGAGCGGCAGGAGGACUUCGAGGCCGUGGCCGAGGAGCGGCUGCACGCCGACUGCGUGUUCACCGGCGACGUCGGCGACAUGCCGCACGCCACCGUGGCCGUCAGCAACUGCGACGGACUGGCAGGCCUCAUCCGCACCGACAGCGGCGAGUUCUUCAUCGAACCCCUCGAGAAGGGCCGGCAGGAUGCGGAGGCCAAGGGCCGCGUGCACGUGGUCUACCGGCGCUCGGCCCUCAAGCUCCAAACGGGCCGGCGCGGCGGGGAGCUCCGCACUCAAGAGUCCGACUUUGGGAUCGCGGACCUCCCGGCCGCCGUGGACCUGCUCGAGCGCCAAGUGCCGGAGCCGGAACGCAAGCGGCGGCACGCCGAGAACGACGACUACAACAUCGAGGUGCUCCUUGCCGUGGACGACUCGGUGGUGCGAUUCCACGGCAAAGAGCACGUCCAGAACUACGUGCUGACCCUCAUGAACAUUGUUGACGAAAUCUACCAUGAUGAAUCUUUGGGAACCAACAUUAACAUCGUCCUGGUGCGCAUGAUCAUGGUCGGGUAUCGACAGUCCAUCAGCCUGAUCGAGCGUGGCAACCCAUCGCGCAGCCUGGAGCAGGUGUGCCGGUGGGCGAACACGCAACAGCGCGCCGACCCCGACCACGCCGACUACCACGACCACGCCAUCUUCCUCACAAGGCAAGAUUUUGGUCCCGCAGGUAUGCAAGGUUACGCUCCGGUGACGGGCAUGUGCCACCCGCUGAGGAGCUGCACCCUGAACCACGAGGACGGCUUCUCGUCCGCCUUCGUGGUCGCCCACGAGACGGGCCACGUGCUGGGCAUGGAACACGACGGGCAGGGCAACCGCUGCGCCGACGAGACCGGCAUGGGCAGCAUCAUGGCCCCGCUGGUGCAGGCCGCCUUCCACCGCUACCACUGGUCGCGCUGCAGCAAGCAGGAGCUCAGUCGCUACAUCCACUCGUACGACUGCUUGCUGGACGAUCCCUUCGAGCCCAAGUGGCCCAAACUUCCCGAGCUCCCCGGGAUCGAUUAUUCCAUGGACGAACAGUGCCGCUUCGACUUCGGCGUGGGUUACAAGAUGUGCACGGCUUUUCGCACGUACGACCCCUGCAAGCAGCUGUGGUGCAGCCACCCUGACAACCAGUACUUCUGCAAAACCAAAAAAGGCCCACCGGUGGACGGGACGGAAUGCGGGCCCGGAAAGUGGUGUUUCAAAGGCCACUGCAUCUGGAGGUCCAGCCAGGAGCCUCAAGGCCACGACGGCAGCUGGAGCACCUGGUCCAAGUUCGGCUCGUGUUCGCGGACGUGCGGGGGCGGCGUUCGAUCCCGCGGCCGACAGUGCGACGACCCCCCGCCGGCCUACGGCGGACGCGAGUGCCCCGGCUCCGGCUUGGACUACCAGGUGUGCAACGCGGAGGAGUGCGCCGGCCCCUACGAGGACUUCCGCGCUCAGCAGUGCCUCCAGAGGAGCAACAAGUACCACAACAACAUGAAGCACACCUGGCUGCCUCACGAGCACCCGGACGAGAGUCGCAAGUGCGAGCUGAGCUGCCGGUCGAAGGAAACGGGCGAGGUGGUCUUCAUGAACCAGGUGAUGCACGACGGAACCCGCUGCAGCUACGCGGACCACUUCAACGUGUGCGCGCGAGGAGAGUGCCUGCACGUCGGCUGCGACAAGGAGGUGGGCUCGUACAAGGAGGAGGACAAAUGCGGCGUGUGCGAGGGCGACAACUCGCACUGUCGCACCGUCAAGCUGACGCUCACCAAGACGCCCAAAAAGAACGGGAUGUUGAAAAUGUUCGAUAUCCCGACGGGGGCCCGACACAUCGUCAUCGAGGAGAACGACACCUCCCCUCAUCUCAUUGCGGUGAAAAAUCAAGUGACCGGCAACUUCAUCCUCAACGCGAAAAGCGAAGACGCCGAGUCAAAAAGCUUCAUCGAGAACGGUUUACAGUGGGAGUACGCCCUGGAGGACGGCAAGGAGAGCCUGCGAACGUCCGGUCCGCUACACGAGGGCAUCUUAGUGCUGGUCAUUCCUCGAGGAGGAGAAGAAGAAGCCAAGAUCAGCUUGACGUACAAGUAUAUCAUCCACGAGGACCUCCUGCCUCUUAUUACCAACAACAACGUUCUUCUGGCCGAGUUGGAUUCGUUUGAGUGGGCGCUGAAGAGCUGGUCGCAGUGCUCCAAACCUUGCGGUGGAGGCAUACAGUACACCAAAUACGGAUGCAGGAGGAAGAGCGACAGCCGUUUGGUGCAUCGCAACUUUUGCGAUACCAACAAGAAGCCCAAACCCGUCCGCAAACGCUGCAACGUCCAAGAGUGCAGCCAGCCCACGUGGGUGGUGGACGAGUGGAGCGCGUGCAGUAAGACGUGCGGGAAGCAGGGCUACCAGACGAGGGCGGUGCAGUGCAUGCAGGCGCUGCACAACGGCACCGACCGGUCCGUCCACAGCAAACACUGCGCCGAGGACCGGCCGGAGCCCAAGAGGGCCUGCAACCGCACGGCGUGCCCCGCCCAGUGGAGGACGGGGGCGUGGUCCCAGUGCUCGGUGACCUGCGGCGAAGGGAUCCAGCAAAGGCAAGUGGUGUGCAAGGCCAGCGACAACUCUGCGGGACAAUGCGAAGGCGACAGACCCGAGACGCUGCGCAUUUGCGAGCUCGCCGCGCCUUGUCCAGGACAAGCAGCGCCCCCUUUUGGCCUGGAGAACGUGACUAUCAAAGAUGAAGCCUUACGUCAAAGGGAGCCUGGCCACCCUGUUCUUCAAAUCACGUCAAAUGAGGCGUGCCAGGGGGAUAAAUCCAUUUUCUGUCAAAUGGAGGUUCUUGCCCGCUAUUGCUCCAUCCCCGGAUACAAUAAGCUUUGUUGCGAGUCGUGCAACAAGAACCCGGCCACGCUCUCUCCUGACCUCUCACACGCCACCAAGGCCUCAGCGGAACCCGAGACCGCCACUGAUUCCUCCGUCACCUCCCUCGGGCCUCCGCGACCCACUGCUGCCCAGAAUCUAACACAAACCACUAAAGGAGUAAACAGGUGGCCGCGUUCAACUACCCGGGCGCCCAACGCCAUCGCCCCGACGUCCACAGGCAUCCCCGCCGCCGACCCGGGGCCCCUUCUACCUCCAGGCGACGCCUCCCUCGAGGAGCACAGGCCCGACAGCACUUUAGGCCCACUCGCUGGAAAAUCAAUAAGGGACUAUUUAGGAUCCGAGAGGGACUCCAGCCACAGAUGAACAGUAGUACCACACGGUGGAAUGGCAGUGGCGCUACAUCAUCUCAAACAAUGCAGCGUUUGGAAGACUAACUUUUUUAAAACAAAGAUUUUUCUCUGGACCGGUGACGGUUACCUCAUCCAACCUCCAAAGAACGACCGACGUAGGGUCGCUCUGUCCUCGGUGCUGUCAAAAUGAGGCGUGUUGAAAAUGUGACGACCGCAUUGCUCCCUCCGCGUUUGUUUCUGUGUCCAGUUGUUUGAACCCCAAGUGCAGCAGAACUACUAGUGAACCCGUGUUGUGAACGUGGGCGAACGGCUGCGGAGUCUAGCGUGCGCCACUUAUGGAAUUGUGGACUAAGCAAAAACUGGCAUUUUCUCCUUUGCUCAUUCAAAGCUUGAGACCUAGACUUUCCACACUGGACUGCUGACUACAUCUUGAGCUUCCACACUAGACUGCUCUAGUGCUGACUAGAUCUAGAAAUUCCACACUUGACUGCUAGUGGUGAAUUGACUUUACACACUAGACUGCUAGAGUGGAGACUAGACAUAGACCUUCCACAUUAGCCCGUUCUAGUGCUGCCAACUAGCACUAGAACGUUCACAUGAGAUCGCUCGUGGGCUGACAAGACCUAGAUUUUCCACACCAGACUCAUAAGAGUGCUGAGUAGACCUAGACUGCUCUGUCUUUUUUAAGGCAGAAUGUGGUGCUGCUGAAUUGGUUAGCAAGAUGGCGUAGUCCAUAAUUAGCCAGGUGUCUCCGCAGUUGUCAUUCCUGACAGGAACCGUCAUGGCUUCUUUGUCGUUGGUGCUCUUCAAACGUCGCCCGCUUGUGCUUCAAAACCAACAGCGGGGGGGGGGG